AAACGUGUCUUCGAAGGAAUAUCAAACAACAUGGCUGCGAAUUUCUGGCUUUCAACUCAUUACAAGUACUGGCUUUUGACGAAAGAAGAGUUAGUUAUUUCGGCCGGACGCCAGGAGGACUUAAAAUACUUAACUGCAGAAGAAUACCAAAAAGUUCACAUUCUAUACGCAAACUUUAUUCAAGCGCUGGGCGAGCAUUUAAAACAUCGCCAGCAAGUGAUAGCCGCGGCCACGCAUUAUUUCAAAAGGUUCUACUCCAAAAAUUCGCUGAAAAACAUCGAUCCUUUGCUUCUGGCGCCGACCUGUUUGUAUUUGGCCUCGAAAGUCGAGGAGAAUGGAGUGAUUUCGAACAAUCGGUUGAUUCAAACUUGUGCUACAGUGGUAAAGAAUAAAUUUAUGGCUGUGUUUAAUUGUGAAUAUCCAUACAGAAUAAACCAGGUAUGUUUUAUUAGCGUGGGGGUGGCUUGUGUCUGAAAAUGAACUACCUGAAAAAGAAGUAUCAAAUGGGGUGUAACAAUGGGGUGUGGGCCGACCCAUUUAGUGGGGGAGAGGGAGUCUUGCCUAAUAUCUACAAGGGGCAGGGAGGGUGCCCCCUAUUAUUAUACAAGAUGUAAAAGAUAGUGAUACCCGAGUAUUAUUAUUUCAGGUUUACGAAUGUGAAUUCUUUAUUCUUGAACUGAUGAACUGUUGUCUAAUCCUUUACCACCCCUAUCGAUCAAUAACUCAAUAUGUUCGAGAGAUGUCCGAAGACGACAACUUCCUCUCGUUAGCAUGGCGCAUCGUUAAUGACAGCCUGCGGACUGACGUUUGCCUCCUGUAUCCUCCAUACCAAAUUGCCCUGGCAGCCAUCUAUAUGGCUUGUGUUGUCAAAAACAAGGACGCCAGCGAAUUUUUCAAAGAGCUUUGUGUUGAUAUGGAGAAAAUUCUCGAAAUUACGCAGGAAAUUUUAAAACUUUAUGAAAUUCUUAAAAACUACGAUGACAAAAAAGAGAUGCCGGGGAUCCUGGCCAAGGCACCAAAGCCAAAAACGAGCAGCAGGCCAUCAUCUUCGGCUACCACAAACUCACAGUAUUUGUCACAAUCUCCAGUGGUUUCAUCUCAGAGUGGUACUCCAAGAUAGCUGAAGGUAUGCUUGCAGGAAACAAGUAAGAAAAUAUUAUAAACUAUUGGUUUGUUUACAAUACCAAUAUGUAUAAGUAAGAUAGUACAUUUAAAUUAAAGGAUAUAACAUUACAGUUCAGGCGACUGAAGCUAGUUACUCUGCUGACUUCUAAAGGAAACAGUUUCAACUGGACAGAACUUAUGUGCAUAACUUAAUUAAAGUUUUCGCAUUGAAAUAUUUUAUGUGAAAAGUUGUACCAAAAAAUAUUGUACUGUAAACUUUGUUAAAAUUUUUGAAUUUUUAAAAGGUUAGCACCGCACACUGGUUUAGCAAAAAGUAACUGGCUUUAUAAAAGUUUUGAAAUCAACAAAGAGUGAAUUAGGAAUUUAACCCAAUAACGCAAACAUGGUUCCAAACAUGGUCACUCUUUUUUGUUUUUGUUUUUCUGGUCUGUCGAUACAAGGUCAAGAUUUUGUGUUAACUUUUAAAUCACCGAAAAAUCGAACAGACCAUAUGUCCAAACAGAAAUUCUCAAAACAUGAACGGUUUUCAUGUUAAGAAUAAAUAGGAGGGAAACCGGAGUUGCCCGGAGAAAAACCCUCAGCCGGAUUCUCACACGAAAUGUACACAGAAAUACUAAGUGAUUUAUCCUGUGUGAAUAUUUGUAAAAAUGAUUAGAUUUAGAAGGUAUAUAAUAAGGGUUAGAAGUGAAACUAGCCAUAGGAACAGGUUGCAGGUCACAUCUUACCAGGACUUUUUUUGGAACCAUUCUAAAAAACUCACGUGAAAUUUGACACUGCAAUAUAGCGGGAUUGCUCAGUCUAAAGGCCUCAGGAAGGAGGCGAGACCACCCAUUUAGCUAUUCAGCCUAAUGGUGACUAUACAAGCUCCAAUUUAAGCACAUGAAAAAAGAGAUUCCAUGACUUAACGCUCGUCGUGGAGGACAUGCAGUGUUUCAAAACCAGACACUGCAAUAUAGCGGGAUUGCUCAGUCUAAAGGCCUCAGGAAGGAGGCGAGACCACCCAUUCAGGUAUUCAGCCUAAUGGUGACUAUACAAGCUCCAAUUUAAGUACAUGAAAAGAGAGAUAUCAUGACUUAACGCUCGUCGUGGAGGACAUGCAGUGUUUCAAAACCUAACUGGUAUUUUCAAAAACUUUUGUC